AUGUCAUCAUCCCCACAUCGGACUGCAGUUUGCCCUGGCGGGUUUCAGCCUUUCGAGUCGUCGUGCUACCGUCUGGUUUCCGACUCAACGGCGAAUGGGUACGCAGCACGCACUGAGUGCCAACAGUUGGCAAAUGACAGUCAUCUCGCCUUUAUCAAGAGCAAGUCUGAAAUGAAUUUUCUACUGGAUCUGGCAAAAGGACGAGGGGUGGAUCAGGACUAUUGGUUCGGUCUGACGCACACCAACGAUGAGGACCAUCCUCACUGGCUAGACGGCAGCCCGCUCGGCAACUUCACGGCCUGGGAUUAUUUCGGGGUCUUCGACGAACACUCGCCCUGCGUUCGGCUCCGGAGACGCAGCGAGUAUCUCUGGAACGAUAGGCGUUGCGACUUGAUGUUUGGAUACAUCUGCGAAGUUGAGAGGAGUACCGAUGACGUCAUUCCUCUGACGACACCUUCUCCAAAGGCCGCAGCGCCACCAACGCCCACUGUAAAAGCCGUUGGAUUCAAGUCUGGCCCAGCCAACAUGGCGGCGCCCGUUGACAACCAUCUGCUGCGCAGUGUCAAGACCCGCUCCCUGAUCCGCUGCGCCCAGUACUGCCUUGAACACAACGCCUGCGCGGGUUUCAACUACCAGCUCGACCAGUCCCAGUCCCAGGGAGCUGCUCUCGGUGAGCUGCUCAGGUUCUGCGAGUUGUUGGCCAGGCAGUUUUCCGAUGAGGAACUCGUGGAGAGGAGAGGUUACAAAAAUUACCGAGUGUAGAAAGGGUCAUGGGUGU